AUGCAACUCAAAGGCUGCCGUUCGAUAUGCCUUGCGUUUGUCUGCUGUCUAUUCACUAGCUGGACCUUGGGAUCUGCACUGCCUCCCGUCAGGAGGCAGGAUUCUCCCGCAGCACCGACCGCCAUCAACCCACCCUCGAGCACAACCAGCUCCCAUGCCAGCAUAACGAAUAUACCAGCGACUGGUGCGACGAGCUCUUCGAAUACUUAUUCAGCCACGGCAAACGCUACUACUGAUGGAAUUUACAAUAUUACCAUCCCACAGGGUGAGCUUCCCCUUGACCCGAUAAUUACACCAGCAUGGGGUGUUGCUGGCGUAAUACUCUUGGGGACAGGAGCUGUGUAUGCUCUUAUCGGAAUUAAGAUCCGGGUCUUGCACACCUUCUUCUCGACUGCCUUCCUCUCAGCUCUGGGCACCUGCGUCCUGAUAGUCUAUGUCAUGGUGCCACCCAUACCCGAUGGAAUUCAAGGAGCCUACCUGGUAGCGGUCGUCCUGACCGGUGUGGCCCUCGGAGGCCUCGCCAUGGUGUUCAAAGAGAUCACAGAAGGCUUGGGCUGUCUCUUGGGCGGCGUUUGUCUCAGCAUGUGGCUGUUGACGCUCAAAGAGGGCGGCCUUCUGACUGGCACGGGAACAAAAGGUGGCUUCGUGGCCGCUAUCGCGCUGGGUGCUUUUGCGUUUUACUUCAGUCACCACACUAGGCACUAUGCGCUCAUUGCCAGCACCUCAUUCUCGGGUGCGACAGCCGUUGUUCUGGGCAUAGACUCGUUCAGUAGAGCGGGGCUCAAGGAGUUUUGGGCUUACAUCUGGGCGCUCAACGACCGCAUAUUCCCCCUCGGCACAGUUACAUAUCCGCUCACAAGGGGGAUUCGCGUUGAGAUUGCUAUCACAAUCGUUAUCUUCCUCGCUGGGAUUGUGUCACAGCUCAAGUUGUGGCUCAUCAUCAAGCAGCACCGUCAGACGCAGGAAGCUGAGAGACUUGAAGCGCGGCGCAACUUGGAUGAAGAAGAGGCACGAGUAGGGAGGCAGAUUGAGGAGGCUGCUGCCGCUGACAGGCGGGACUGGGAGGCAAUUCAUGGCGAUGGUCAAUGCCAAGAGGGACAGACAGACUCUCCGACCAACUCGGCUAGCGGAUCGAUCACAAAUGAAAAGGGGAUCGCAACGGUCAAACAGGUGGAUUCUACUGCCCGGUCGACCGCUAUGGAAUCUGCAGAGGUGGAUGUGAACGGAGAAGACGAACAGGGCCAUACGAAACGUCUUCACAACAAUCCCAUGUCCAAGUCCAAUCUUACACUGGUGCACUACGAAGAAGUUGCGAAUCCAGAACCAGCGGUUGUGCCGCUCCCUUUCAGCCCGCCCUUGCCUAGAUACGGAGAAACCGGAAACGAUGACGAUGCAUCAUCGGUGGCAGCAUAUGCCGGGGAUGAGGAUGAGCAAGCAGCCGAUCCCGGUAGCAAUAAACGCUUGUCGUCAAGGCAAAUGUCUCAUGCCCCCGUCAUGACGAGGAGUCUGUCGCCGGGGUCUAGACGAGCAUCCCUCACGGAUACGAUGGAGCACGGUCAGAGCAGAGAGCUUCUGAUGACAAAGUCAGCCAUACCUGAUGACCAAAGAAGCUCCAUCGAGGCCACCUUUGAUGACAUGAGCACGGGAGAGAAAGAGAACGGGCCCACAAACGAGGAAAAGAGUGAGGUCACCGCAAGCCUGGCCAGGAAGCCGUCCUGCACCGACGUGGCCUCCGUGUUGGAGCUUACAACGGUUGCCACUGCAGAAGCCACAGUGCCUGCUCCUUCUGAGACUGGAAAGCAGUCGACAUUGGUCGAUGCGGUGCGACCUAGUCAAGACGGCGGAAGCAACAAAUGCCAUUCGCCCAAGCCUGCAGCCGAGACUGUGACAGAGAACGCUGGAGAAGUUGAUGAGCUAGUCAAGUCUCCUGGAGCUCCAAAGAAGGCUGUUUUGGCAGACGAGCUGCCCCAGGCAAUGUCCAGAGUUGCCAUGUCGCAUCGUACAAAUGAAUGGGCAAAGCACUUGAGUCUGGCAGAAGCCCCAGUACUUGAUGUUCUGAAGUUUGAGGACUUAGACUUGAGCGAGGCUGCCGAGAAGCCCAGGGUGGAAGAGCAGCCUGCACCUGUCAACACCGAGGAGCUUCAGCAGACGGCAAACAACGCGGCACUCCCGUUAGCUAUCAGCAGGCCUCCCAGUACAUUAUCAUUCUACCAGCCUCAAACGCCACAAGCAUUGACUCCGUCACAAUCUCGUCUGUCUUGGCACCCGGAUACCCAGUUCAAAGACGGUGGUUCGACACCGGCGGUCGCUGAUCCAGCCUACACGAGGACACCCUCAACAAGCCAACCGUCAGUUCCCGCAAUUGUCCCGAUACUGAAGCAGCCUCGAAGCUUGCGUCCCAUGCCUGCCACGACACCACCACCAAUGUUGGAUGCGAAGACCUUGCGCCGUCAAUCAGCAUCUCCAGGUCCAAGUGUCUCGGUCACGACACUCAGCCGAGAAGCGGUACCUGGCGUGGUUUCAUACGGAAGCCCUCAAACUCUAAUAGGUCAGAGAGACGUCAUAGUCAAGCGGAAAUCUAUCUUGGGGGGCCUUAACAGUGGUCUGAUGGAGUCCUUGCCUAUCGCUCACCCUGCCGGCGCCGGUGAAGCUGCCUUGUCAGCGACUACGAUGCCGUAUGCGGCAUCACCCUCGCCGUCCCCAUAUUCUACCUCUCCGUAUCAUAUGUCUGCGGAUGACCUGCCCAUGAGCAGACGUCGUGAGCUCAUGAUGCGACAGCAAAGUCUGCUCAGCUUGUCCGGGAACGAGGUUCUUCCGAACUCACCAUACAUCAUGCCAAACCGCAGCCAGAGCCGAGCCUCAAUCGGUAAUCUUUCAUACCUCACCGCCGCACCAGGACCGUCGGUCAGCUCAGACGCCCUCGCAUUCGACUCACACCAGCCGCGCAGGGCAUCGAUGGCCCCGUCGCCCGAGGUGCGCGAGUCGCAGCUGGCACACUUCCGCAACUCGCUUGCUGCUGAGAUGCGUGCCGGGCCUGCGCUCGGAGGCCGCCAGUCGCCAGCCCUGAGGAACGUCGUCGGUGUCGAGGCAGACAAUGCCAACGUCGAGUUGCACCGCGGGAUAAUGCUCGGCCAGCGAGACGCCGAGCUGCAAAAGCGCGAUAUCGAAAACACACAGCGCGUGUAUGCCGGGUUUGCACUCGAUGAAAGGAUGAGAAGCAGUGAAAUGCAGGAAGCGCAUCGGAAUAUCUUGAGGAAAAUGCAGGCUUCGGUCAAGGACUCAUAGCUGCUUGUUGGAGGAGAUGGGUGAUGAAAAGAGGUGGGGGAAAAAGUGUAGGAAGCGGGUUUGAACAUUCGGUAGCAGGAAAGAGGCCACUUAU